UCAAAGUUGGCGGGAAAGGGAAUGCCGGGCAGAAUGGCGGCGGCGGCGGCGGCGGCGGCGGCGGCGGCUGCAUCUCCCGCGGACUCGAUUUCCGGCGGCGGCCCUGCGGCCGUAAGGCUCCCGCGGUCGCCGCCGCUCAAGGUGCUGGCGGAGCAGCUGCGGCGCGAAGCGGAGGGCAGCCCGGGCUCGUGGCAGCUGUCGCGGGCGGCCGCGGGCCGUGGGCCGCUGGAGCUGACGGCCGUGUGGAUGCAGGGCACGGUGGUGGCGGCGGGCAGCGGCGAGGCGCGGCUGCGGGAUCCUAGCGGGGCCUUCUCCGUGCGCGGCCUAGAGCGCGUGCCGCGCGGGCGGCCCUGCCUCGUCCCAGGAAAGUAUGUGAUGGUGAUGGGAGUGAUUCAGGCCUGCAGCCCUGAGCCAUGCCUCCAGGCUGUGAAGAUGACAGACCUCUCCGAUAACCCUCUCCAUGAAAGCAUGUGGGAACUGGAAGUGGAAGAUCUACACCGGAAUAUUCCUUAGAUGAUGCUGGAGCCCUCGAUAAAAACAUCAACAUUGUGAAGCAACUUAGGUUCUUACACCCUGUGGAUUUCAUGGACAUUACUCAAUAUAUAUUUCUCAAAAGUUGAUCAGAGAGCUUUGCUCCAAGGAGCCCUGAUGUAGGAUUUCUAAAUGCUGGGACCCUCCAGUGAACUCAGCCCCUGCCGCCCCUUGCUUUGACUAUUUGCUGAUGAAAAGCAGAUGUUUUGUUUUGCUCUCUCUCCUCCCCACACACUCCCUCCGUUUUUUUGUUCUUUGUUUUUUGUCUUAUGUGUGUUAAUUCCCUCUCUAAAGCACACAGAAAUCUCACGUUGCAUUUUCCAGGUUUGACAAGUGAUGAUACUUUUUCCGUUACUACCGCGACCCUAUUUUACGAUGCAAAAUUUGAAUCUCAGUCAUUGCCUGCAGAGACUAAAAUGUGGUUACGGGCAGGAAAACAACUGUGUGAAAAAGGAAUGAUCUCAUGGCUCGAGUCUUCUCCAUCAACAACUUCCAUAUUCAGUUUGCAAGUCGAAUGGCAUCUUCUAACUGCAGGCACAGCGCCCCUCAGAGACAGCCCCCUUUCUGUUUCAGACGCCACUCAGCCCUUGAAGGUCCGUUUCCCGCUGAAAUGGACAUGCCUGCCGUUCCAUUCUUCCUUCACUUGGGGAUGUUGAAACACUUUCAGAAUUUCUCGUUGAAACUGAAAAUCAAGAUGAACAACGGCUUCUAGGCAUUAAUUAAACUUCUGUCUCAUCACUCGUGUUAAGACACUGCAAGGGAGCGACCUCCGGAAUCAGCCUGUACGUUGUUUUUGGUACAGAAUGCCGUCUAGCUGUGAUUGCACUGAAUGUGGGGCCGCUGCUCUCUGCUUCUUACCCAACCUUCAUUUUUCCUUAGAUUGUAAAUCUCAGGUGGGGGUCA